GCCCAUGUUAACGGCAGCUCAGCUGAUCCUUUGGACUCUUUGGUCUCCGCUGGCCUUCAGACGCAUGCACACCCUGACUUCGAGACGCUGGGUCGCUCUGGCCAAAUUCUCCCCUCGAGUAUGUCGGAGGUGACUAAAGUGGCUACAGCUGCCACUUCUGCUGUUUGGAUGCUCUCCUCAGCUAUUUCCGAGUCAGGUGUUAGUAAAAAUACUGUUGUUGAGUCGUCAGGUGGGAUGGACACCUUAACUGUAGACGGAGCUGGUAGCCAGGUCGGAGCCAAUGUUAAUAGAGCAACUACAGCUGAAAUGAAUUACAGGCGACGACUUGUACAAUUAAAGUCGCUACAUCGCGAUUUGCAAGUGCUACUUGGUGAGAAGACCAACCAAUCGAAGACUGCUCUAAAGGAGGUAUUUCAGACUCCAUUCUAA